UGGGAUUUCUGAAACUCCACAAGUAAUGUGUCAUUUUGUGUUUGUGUUUUUUUUCUAAACAACUCUCAUUGAUCGUUAUUAUGUCUCUAAGUACAGAACUGAUGUUAAAACGUUGUCAUGUGUGUGUUUUGAGCUGUUAAGAGAGACCUUUGUUCACAAGAAACCCAAGGAGAAGCCAGAAAUGCCGAUAGUAUUUGAAGGCGACACGUAAAAUUGCGUCGAGGCACUCUGCUUUUUUUCCAUUGGCUGUUGCCUGGAUACCGAGGCACUGAGAAAUGAGCACGAGCUGAAGUGUGGGAAGUUUUGUCUACAGUAAUGCCGAAACAUCCCGAAGAGACACGAAACGUGAGUGUGUCUCCUCCGGGCUGCUGGAUGUGGAGUGAUGAAGCACAAACAGUGGAGUUUAUCAGUUCUUGCCCAGCAGAGGAAGCUGUUCCGAGAGAAAGGAAGCAAACAAAUUCCCCUUUCAGAGAGCUUCAGCUGCGGUCAGAGUGGUUGGCUGGUAUCUCUACAUUGACCCACAGAGGGCGCCAAAGCUCCAGAAAGACCCUGAGCCCUGAACAUCUUAAUGCCUACAGGUCCUCAGUGAUGAAGAGGCAAGGGGACCACGUCACCAUUGAUGAUGUAAAACAGGUGGCCGUCAGUUUGCUGCAGGAGAAUUAUUCCCUUCCAAUCCCUCUCUGCUUCUUGGCUCUGUUGAAGAGGAAAGAGCUGGAUGAUGUCCUGACUGCACUUCUCCUCUACCUGUCAUGUUUCUUUGAGCACAGCUCGCUGGAGAAUAAAUCAGAGCUCCUAUUAGUUGACAUCAUCAAAGAGCGCCAGGUGACGGCUGCGUCUUUGGCCAAAAAGGCGAUGGCCCAGAAGCAGCUGGCCGUCUGCUACUUCAGCCUGCUCAUGGACCUGGAGAUAGAGCAGCAUCAGCGCACCUCAUAUCGCAACAGCCAGACGUCUUCAAACAGGAAAGAAUGGCUCCUUCAUGCGUGUUUGUACAGCUUCUUCUGUUACGUGGCCUGGGUCACAUUCAGCAGAAAGGACCUGAAGGACAUCCAAGAAGAGGUGGGGCGUCUUUUCUACUCCGACACCUUGAACACGUCAGUGAGGAACGGGGCACAUGGGGACCCAGAGGUGACCUCCUCUUCUGUCGAUGGUUCAGUGAAGACGGGAGAGGCUGACCCCGAGGAGACGGGAUCUAAUCGGCCAUUCAAGCGCCGGCAUGUUAAAGAGAGCUGCGUCCGACUGGAGGGAGUGUCUGACAGCCGGUUUUAUGUUGCCGCUCUGUGUCUGACAUCAGAUUGGCAGUUGUGUAAGCUGUCAGAGGCCCGGCGCUCUUUCCCUGCUGUCAGGUUUGAGAGCAAACGAUCAGAGCCGGGCUCCAAGCUGGCUCUCCUCCUGAGGGCGGAUUCCUUCUUCACCUGGUCUCAAGCCUUUAACACAGGAGAGACAAUAAGUCACCAGAUGUUUUCUUCCACAUUUAAUAUACAAAAAGUUUGUUUACAUUUUACAUUUUUGUUUUUUUGCUCUCUCCCUAGAUCAUCUCAGAGACGCCCGCCCCUCAGCUCGAUAGCUAAUCAGCGAUCUCCACUGAUGGUGUGUUUGCUGCCCUCGCCCAAAGACCUGUCACCUCACCUGUUCCUCGGCGGUCGUGCCAGGAGGCGGAGCCCGCUGCCGGCCGAUCACUGUGACACCGCAGCUCUGACUGAGGAGCUCAACCAGCAGCUGGCUGAUGUCAGCCUCGGGAUUCUUGGGAAGCCGUUGUGCCAGUUGAGCGGCAGCGAUCUGAUUCCCCUCGGAGAAACGCAAAAGCAGCAGUGAUGAGGAAGGAGACCGAGAACCGGGGAGAAACAUUCAUAACAACAGUGAGGAGCACCGUGGCUGGUGGCGGGUCGUCCUCCACGGGACCCCCCCCCCCCCCGAGUCGUCAGGCUCUGACAUACAUGACAUCACCACCCGCGUGGAA